CUGAAGAAAACGAGGAGAAUAAAGAAUCAAGUGAAGUUGAGGAGAAAAAUCAUGUCAAACCUGGAGAAAAACUUUAGAGUUGCUCUCAAACCAAUCGAGAAGGAGAAUAAGACGGAUUUAAAGAAAAGAAGAGCUAAGAAAUCUUUCACCUGCACUCAGUGUGGAAAGAGUUUGACAAGCAAAACAAGUCUUGAGCAUAAUAUGAGAGUUCACACUGGAGAGAAACUGUUCACUUGUGAUCAGUGCGGGAAGAGUUUCACACAAUCAUCACACCUUAAGAAACACAUGAACAUCCACACUGGAGAGAAGCUGUACACAUGUGAUCAAUGCGGCAAAACAUUUUUGUGUGCUUCAGACCUGAAGACACACCUGAGAGUUCAUACAAAGGAGAAGCCACAUUCAUGUCAUUUGUGUGGAAAGAGUUUUUUACAUUUACAAACUUUAAAAGGACAUAAGACAAUACAUACUGGUGUGAAAGAGUACAUGUGCUUUGAGUGUGAAAAGACUUUUACUUCAGCGAGCAUUUUAAAACUGCAUGAGAGGAUUCACUCUGGAGAAAAACCUUAUAAGUGUUCACACUGUGACAAGAGAUUCAAUCAGUCAGCAAAUCUGAAAACACAUGAGAGGAUUCACACUGGAGAGAAACCGUAUCACUGCACUGCAUGUUACAUCAGUUUGACAAGAAAAAAUAGUCUUGAUGUUCACAUGAGAGUUCACACUGGAGAGAAACCAUUUACUUGUGAUCAGUGUGGGAAGAGUUUCACACGAUCAUUAAGCCUAAAGAAACACAUGAACAUCCACACUGGAGAGAAACCUUAUAAGUGUUCACAUUGUGACAAGAGAUUCAGUCGGUCAGGACAUCUGAAAACACAUGAGAGGAUCCACACUGGAGAGAAACCGUACACUUGUGAUCAGUGCGGGAAGAAUUUUGCACGGAACGGAUGUUUAAAACGGCAUGAGAGGAUCCACACUGGAGAAAAACCUUACAAGUGUUCACACUGUGACAAGAGAUUCAGUCAUUCAUCAAGUCUGAAAAGACAUGAGAUGAUUCAUACUGGAGAGAAACCGUAUCACUGCACUGCAUGUGGGAAGUGUUUCAUUCAGUCAUCUUCUCUACUAUGGGAGCCAGUCGGAGACGUAGAGGUAGCUUAUUCCAGUGCUUCGGAGCUGCUACAGCAAAUGCCUGUUCACCACUCAAUUUUAAUCUAG